GCUUCAUACGUUGAAACGUUCAGUCUCAGUAAACAAAAAGAUAAUUUUAGGAAACAUUAGCAUGUGUCCACACAGACUUCAACUGCAAGCACAAAGAGACCACGGAACACUUGCACAGCAUGAUCAAAGUUGUUACGAACUGGUUCCAAAUGAAAAAGUUUCCUGGCAACAUGCUGAACAAAUAUGUUCUUCUAGAGGUGGAUAUCUUGUUUUUAUAACUAGUUCACAAGAACAGAAUUUUAUCAAACGCUUUAUGAAGAGUCAUUUCCCUGAUCAUGCUGUUUGGAUUGGUCUCACAGACCAAAAAACAGAGGGACAUUUUCACUGGGCUUCAGGUGCGGCUGUACACUAUACAAAUUGGAUUCCGGGACAUAUUGCGAACCAUGAAAAGCCUAGACAAGAAAAUUGCGUGGUAAUGAUACCGUAUAAACAUGGCCAAUGGGAUGAUAUGCCAUGUGGACAUGUACACCACACCUUAUUUGGCGGCACCUCUUCCUCCGGUGAAACACACCCUAUUAUGUGA